AUGCUUCUUCACAACACAUUCAUCACGCCUCUCCUGGCCUUUGCGGCCGGCACAGCAGCAAGCGUCGCCUUCACAGCCGACAUGCCCCUCCUAGGCCCAUCCUUCAGCGCCAACUUCGAUCCCUCCGACUCCAAAGCCAUCCGCUCCGCCAAAGCAGAAUUCCCCGGCCUGAUGGAGGGCCUCUUCUCGGCGGGUACGCUCAACCGCACCGACCUGGUCUUUGCCGUCGACGUCUUUUCCGCGGCGACCAACAAGUCGCUCUUCAACUACUACCACGUCGGCGAGGGCCAGAACGUCACGCUGACGUGCGGCGAGCUCAACGACCAGACGAUUGGCCGCCUCGGCAGCGUGAGCAAGAUCUUCACCGUCUACGCAAUCCUCGCUACGGCGGGUAUGGAGGUCUUCAGCCACCCUGUGACGAGAUAUCUCCCUGAGCUCGCGGGAAACCCGUCUAGUGAUUCUCUGGAUCGCAUCGUUUGGGAGGACGUCACGGUCGGAGCUCUUGCGUCCCAGCAAGCUGGUUCCGGGGGAGCAGGAGACCUUCUACAACAACACGACAGUCUAUCCGAUUUCACCACUCCAGUGCUCUUAGAGUUUAUGCGCAAGAAGCGCCCCGUGAUCUCCCCAUUCCGAAAUGCGGUGUAUUCCGAUACAGGAUUCGCUCUCCUAGGUGUCGUACUUGAGCGCCUGUCGGGACGCUCUUACAAGGAUGCAUUGCAGCAGAGUGUCUUCAACCCAUUGGGACUCCAUAACAUGUCGACCACAGUGCCGAAUGGCACAGAUGUCAACGCCAUUAAUCGGUUGCCUCUCUCCAACACAUCUUCAUGGGGCCUGGAGAUUCCAAUUGUCACGCCAUCGGGUGGUAUUUACUCCAACGGCGCAGAUCUUCGCACCGCCGGUCUUUCCAUCUUGAACUCCGAGCUGCUCUCUGCGGCUACUACACGGGCCUGGAUGAAGCCUCUCAGCGGCACCGGAUCUCUAGUCGAGCUCGUUGGUGCGCCCUGGGAAAUAGCCCGCCUCAUGAUUCCUGUGACGCCGGGCUCGAACCGCACUCGUGUGUCGGACCUCUACACCAAAGCGGGCGGCAACGGAGACUACACUUGCAUCUUCGCCCUCUCGCCGGACCACGGCAUUGGGUACUCCAUCUUGAUUGCUGGUGCGACCGCGUCCUCGGCUCGCUGGCCCCUUCGCGACCUCGUCGGCGAGACCUUCAUUCCCGCCAUGGAGCACGCUGCGGCUCAGAAUGGCAGACGCAACUUUGCGGGAACGUUUGUCGACGAGACGGCAGAGGGAACCAACCUCACCAUAACAGUCGAUGAAGGCCGUCCCGGACUAGGCUUGGAGUCGUUUUACAUAAACGGCACCGAGAGCCGCGCAAUCCUACUCGGAGCCACCAAGCCCGCCAACAUCUCAGCACGCCUCUACCCAACCGGCCCCAACUCGUACUCACGAUCCUUGGCUUCACUGUACAAGACCAACGGGACGAUACGCCUGGCGUACCGCAUGCUCGGCCAGCCGUGGACUCCGCUCCCCCGUGCGACGGUGGAAGGCGGUAAGAAGAGCUUGUUUGAUAAUACCUUUUCCUGGAUGAACCUCGACUUUUUCGGUCCAAUGGAUGAGUUUGUCCUGGAAAUUGUUGAUGGACGGUUGGAGAGCGUGUCUAGCACGGGCGCGAAGACGGUGUUGAAACGUGUUGAUUGA